AGACAGACAGGAGGACCAAUGGUGAUUUGGUGUCAACAGAAGAGCAGAAAUUUGGCAAAUUCCGUCAAGAGAAAUGGCAAUGUAGUAAAAAGGGCAAACACUGAGAACAAAAAUAUACAGAAAGCCAAAUGAGGAGUUGAGAGAUAGUAAGAGGAACAAAGAGAGAGAUAGAGAACAAGGGAGACAGACAAGGAGAGAGAGGGAGAGAGAGGAAGAGCUCCAAACUCGAAUGAUUCCCAGACUAGCUGGCAGUGAGCUCCGCGCUCUGAUCUGCCUGCUCUGAUGGGGUUUCAUGCCCUCAAAGGCACUGCUGGGAAACCUGAGGGCAACACUGGUUUCUGCCGCUUUUCUUUUUUUCCCUGUAAUUCCCACCCAUUGACCAGACUAACCGAAUGAGAGUUGAAGCCAGAUAAUCUCAACCCAAAUGACGACAAAUGGAUCCUACACCAGUAACGCUCACUGCAAUACCAAAAGGAAGCUAAGAGAACCCUGAAAGCAACGUGGCAUCACAGACAGCUGGCAGAAAUGAGAGUGGUUUUGGUGUUUGCCCUCCUCUCCUCCCUGCCUUUGUCACAUGCCUGUCCAAAAGAGUGCAGCUGCAACAGCAACACCAAAGUGGUGGACUGCCGGGGACGAGGCCUCUAUGACAUCCCUCGCCGACUACUUUCAGACACACAGGAACUGUAUCUUCAAGAUAACCGUAUCAGGGGACUGGGAUCAGUGGCUUUCAAGGAAAUACCUCUCGUCCGCAUUCUCGAUUUGUCUAAUAACUCCAUAACAGCUAUUUCACCGACUGCUCUACUUGGUCUGAGAACUCUGCAGCGCCUCAGCCUGGCAUACAACAGCAUCAGAGAGCUCGACAAACGGCUGCUGGGACCUAUACGCUCACUUUCCCACCUUGACCUCUCACACAACAGCCUGCGGGGUUUGCCGGGAGCCAUGGGAGACAGUCUGAAAAACCUCAGCUACCUGGGGUUAGCAAACAACAGGCUAGCAAGACUGGAUCGCUCGGUGUUGGAUGCCAUGACCCACCUGGACAGCCUUACACUACGAGGCAACCCCUGGAGGUGUGAUUGCCAGCUUAUUGGCCUCAAACUCUGGCUGGAAACCUACCUCUUUAAAGGUGGAGUUGUGGAUGAAGUUCUCUGCAUUCAACCAGAAGAAAUGAAGGAUAAGGACUUGCAAAAAAUUCCAUAUCAGUUGUUUCAUGCAUGUAUGACUACAAGCUACCAUUACCUAUUUGCCAACAUACACCAUCUAGAGUCUGAGAAGCUACUGAGAGGCCACACCCAUGGCAACCAUGCCCAUCCCUCCAGCCACUCUCUCCAUGUCCCCAUGGUGAUAGGUGAGGGUUUUGGUGGAGGAGGUGGAGGUGGAGGAGGAGGGGGAGGGGGUAUCGCAGAGUGUGAAACUAAACAGAAGCACCGCCCUGUCAACCUGCGCCAUGCCAUUGCCACGGUGAUCAUUACAGGUGUAGUGUGUGGGAUUGUGUGUCUGAUGAUGCUAGCUGCAGCAGUGUAUGGAUGUGCCUAUGCUGCAAUCAUGGCCAAAUAUCAGCGUGAAUUAAAGAAGAAUGAGGAGCUGGCUACAGCACAGGGGGCAGAUCAUGCCACAGCAGAUGAAAAAGAACCAUUGGAGAACGCUAUUGCCUAAGACUAGGUAACAUUUUCCAUGGACUCAGCCUCCUCCCUUUAACCUAAUUAUCUCUGGAUGCCAUGUUUGGGUUUGUACAUGUGUGUAAAGAGUGAGAUUUUUUAUUUUUGCAUAAGUUUACCAAAUAUUUAAGAAAUUGGGUAGCUAUAUUUCACAGGUAUUUGACUAUGCACUGAUAGGAAGAGUAUCUUCCUCUUUAAGAGGAUUUCAGAAGCUGAAUUCAAAUGUGAAUUCAAAAAUAUACAUUUUAUUUUGUCUGAAAGAAGCAUAUCAAAGACAGGAAAAAUAUAAUAUAUAUUUAUAGGUGUGUAUUUAUAGGUAUUUGUAAUGUGAAGCUUUGGUAUUUAUAGAAUGAAAUCCAGAUUUUAUCUGUUUUUUGUGUUAUUGCUCAUCAUUUUGAGUCUGUUUUAGACUUAUAAUAGUCCAUAUCAGGCAGCUGUUGUCAGUCAUGUCCUCAUUUAUUUGUAUCAAUGAUGUGAAUUUGAAACAAAAUUAACCUGUGAUGUUUAACUUGUGCUUGAGAGAGUGUGCGUGCUUGUACAUGCGUGUUUAGAGAAAGAUCAAAUAGAGUACAGAGAACUUAAAGCAUCUGUGCCUAGCAAUGCUAAAAUGUUUGUGAAGGAAAUAUACUUUUUUAAAGGAUAUUUUCUGGAAACUGAAGUGAAAAUGAAAAAUUCAUUAAAGCAAUAAUGAAACCAACUAAAAUGAAAAUAACUUGGACUCAGACUUUUUGUAUGUACUAUUUAAUGGGUUCAUAGUUUACACAUGCAAGUAAAGUUGUUCAGAUCAGUCUUGAUUGUGACAUAAUACUGGUAAUGGUAAAAAAUGUCCUUCAGUAUGUUAUAUAUUUAAUAAAAGAAAACAUUGUUGCUAA